AUGUUUGUUGUUAAAGAGCUCAGAGGGCGAAACCGUCAUUGCAUAAACGACCUUAUCCGUUUCCACCCGCUGUCCGCUCUCGGCUCUCCAGCUCCGCACGCGCUCAUCUCCUCCACACGCGCGCUUAUUUCUUUUUCCCCUCCCUGGUCCUACCAUCCCUCGCCCGUAGUCGACGGUAGACGUGGUGGUAGUACGCACAAUGGCGAGACCCACUUCGCCCGCGUACCUCCACUUCGCGCAGGCGCCGCACGGCGUCGUCGUGCCGACGAGCCCCGCCGCUGGCGCGGGCGAGGACUUCGACGAGGCGGACAGAAGGCGUCGUCGCCGGCGAAGCCGGCGUCGGACGGCAGGGCCGCCCACGGGUCGCUGCCGGUGAAGAUCCCGGACUGGUCUAAGAUCCUGGGCAGCGCCCGCCCGGGCUACCACUACCGCAUCGGCGCCGGGGACUGGGAGCUCGACGACGAGGAGGACUCCGUGGACGCGCUGGUGCCGCCCCACGAGCUGGCGUGGCGCCGCCGCGCCGCGUCGUUGUCGCUGAUAAACGGGGUCGUCGGCAGGACGCUCAAGGUCCGGGACGCGGUGUGGAAGCGCGCCACCGGGUUCCAGGACUGA